AUGUCCCUGUUUAGCUUGGCCUUGCUAUGGUUAGCUCUCUCACUUGUAGCAGCCGUCGAACCAGCAGAUGACCAAGAGGCUAGCUGCUCGCCCAAGUUAUGCGGCAACCUGACUAUCUCAGACCCAUUUGGAUUUGUUCCGGAGCAGGCAACGGACACAAAAUGCGGUCGUCUGGGAUUCGAGGUCCAUUGCAACAACAGCAUUCCAUACCUUGGGUAUUAUCGGCGGAAGUAUAGAUUCCGGAUCCUCAACAUCUUCUACGACAACAGCUCCUUGCUUGUCGCUGAUAUCCACAAGCUUGUGGACUUCAUCGGAUCCAACUCCAAGGGCUGCCAUGUUCUGACUGCCAACACCUCCUCCAAAAUCGGUCUUCCAUUCUCGAUCAGCCCUGUCAAUCUGAACCUCAUCUUCUACAUGUGCACCAAGACACCGGAGCCGGAUAUGGGGCUUGUGGAGACGAAAUGUGGCAGCAGCUUGCUUGUUCAUGUUGGAGGGCAUUACAAUGACUCGAGCAACUACACGCAGUACUCAGUUGAGGGAUGCAGCAAGUGCCAGUGCGGGGGACAUUUGGCGAGGCGAACGCGAGCAGCUAUGAGCAACUCAUCAGCGAUGGCUUCCUCUUGA